AAUACGUUUAAUUAUAUGUUUUGAUUACAUAAUUAAGGAACUCGAAAUUAGAGGACUCUACCAGCUGACCUACGGGAAACCCCCGUGCCUUGCCUUGGGACCACCAAAAGGUGAUGUGAUGGGACCAUCACAUCAGUUAAUGGGUCUACGGCGUUAUAAAAGAAUAAACAAACCAAAUGACGAAACCUUUUCUGGACAGACACCAGUCCCGCCCCUCUCUCUCUUGCCUCUCUAUCAUUUGGAGGAUCCCGAUCCAAGACUUUCGUCGUGAGAGGAUAACGAGGCGUAUCGGGUAGGCCAUAACGUAAUUCGGUAACACUUUAUAAUAAGGUGCCAUAAUAAAUAGCAAAUUAGUCAUUACCUAACCCUUUGUUAAUAUUUGUUAGUUGUUACUAUGUCUAUUUGGCACAAGUUAAUCGUUUUUUUUUCCACUGACCACAGAGUGUCGCUGGUUGGGGUUAGGGAUCGGGUCGUGUGUUAGGUUUGGGUUAGGGUUAUGCAAACAACUAAUGUUUAAUUAAUGAUGAAAAACUAUUAACCUGUGCCAAAUUGAUAUUUUAGUAGUAAUUAACAAAUAUUGACAAUGGGUUAGGUAAUGACUAGUUUGCUAUUUAUGGCACCUUAUUAUAAAGUGUUACCUUCAAUUACUUAUUAAUUUAACUUCAGGACUGUAGACCAAUGUCCGGAUGGUUCAGAAAGUCUCGCACUGUCUUGCUUGUCAACUACCAGUCUUAUCCAUUCAUGUUGCAGCUAUGGCAGAAGAGGAGCUGUAUAUCGUGUACAAGGGUGUGUAUUUGGUCAAACUGACCCAUACCCCAGAGAGCCUGAAAUACUGCGAGGAGUUCUCUUUCCGUCCAGAUGACAUUCUGAUUGUUACUUAUCCCAAGUCAGGGACAACAUGGAUGCAGGAGAUAGUGCCUCUGAUCCUGAGCCAGGGAGACCCAGUAGUGGUGGACACUGUGCCCAACUGGGACCGGGUCCCCUGGUUGCACAAUAACAAGGCCCGUCACCUUAACCUGGACCAGAGACCGUCCCCACGCGUCUUCAUUACUCACUUCCAGUACAACAUGAUGUCAACAGGCUUCCUCAAGGUCCAACCCAGGGUAAUUUAUGUGAUGAGGAACCCGAGAGAUGUAUUCACUUCCUACUCUCACUUUAGUAGGAUGGCCUCCUUCUUGGUUAGUCCAGGAACACAGACUGAAUUUCUCAACAUAUUUCUUGAUGGAAAAGUGAUUUUUGGCUCUUGGUUUGAUCACGUGAAGGGCUGGCUGGCUGCUAGAGAACAACAGCACAUCAUGUACAUCUCCUAUGAAGAGAUGAUCCUGGACCUGGAGGCCUCUGUGACACGGAUGGCUCAGUUCUUGGACACACCUCUGGAUUCUGAGAUGAUAAGGAAGAUUACCGAUCGAUGUGUGUUUAAGAAUAUGAAAAAGAACAAAAUGUCGAACUACUCCCUGGUCCCCAAUACAAUUAUGGACCAGAAUGUGUCAGAGUUCCUUAGGAAAGGUAUUGCUGGAGACUGGAAGGAUCAUCUAACUGUAGCAGAGGCGGAACACUUUGAUGAAUUUUACCAAAAGAAAAUGCAGGAUGUAAAAUACAAUUUUUUUUGGGAUUAGAAAAUAUAAUUAUUGUGUUUUCUAUCAUGGCCUGGGGCAAAGUAGCCAACCAAUUGUUAAAGUGCUGUUACUAAUGGCCAUGAUUCAUCAUGAUUUAGAACCACAAUCAGAGUCUGAAAUUUAUAUUGCUAAUGUUAUUUUGUCUCGUUAACUUAGUAUGAGCAGGUGUAACGUAACAUGUGUAACAAAGCAGCUUAAUAACGAUAUGGGAUAAAUUCUGUUUUUUCU